AGGAUGCCCCUACUUUAAUCAUUGAUCGAAAGGUAGAUGGGUUUUAUAUUCAAAUUUAAAGGGCUCAUAAAUAAAAUCAAGAUCUGUGGAUCGGCUUAAAAAGUAUCCAAGACAAACGUUCCCUGCUUCGACUAAAUUACUCAAUUUAUUUUUAUUGUAGGUUGGAAAUUAGAAUUAAACACUGAAACGACGAGACACCUCUUUCAAUCCCUACUUAACAAGGAAUUAUCUUUUUUUUAUUUUUUAUUUUCAGACAAAUGUCCAAAUCAGGAGGGGCAGGCUCAAAUACCCAGAAAUUAAAAGAACGAUGUUUGGAGAAGUUGAUUGGAUUUCAAGAUUUGGAAUAUAACUACUUAGUAAGUCUAGAUAAAGAAGAGGGGAACAGGGAGACAGCUAAACCCUGGAGUAGCUGUGAACAAGAGUGUAGACGAUGUUCAAAGGUUAUUGGAGUUCUGUUAGCCGCAGUUUCAGGAGUUUUCUUUACACUGUGCUCUGUAACCGUAAAGCUUGUGAAAAGUUUGGACCCUCUAAAUAUUAUGUUAGCACGUGCCACAGUUCAGUUUGUUUUAAUUCUUCCCAUCCUAGCUCUUGUAAACCUGGAUAUGAAAGCAAUCCGAGCUAACAGAUUUUACAUUCUGAUUCAUGGUCUAGUGGGGAGCUUAACAGUUCUCAGCAUUUUUAUUGGAUUUUCAAGACUGCCUGUCGGCGACGCAGCGACCAUUAUAUUCAGUUCUCCAGUUCUUGUUAUGAUAGCGAGCUGGUUGUUGCUGGGAGAACACUGUGGAGUUUAUAGGUUUUUCGUUGUUAUUGUUCUUCUCUCUGGCGUUUUGUUAGUUGCCCAGCCACCCUUCCUUCCUUCUCAAACUAAUAUUUACAGUUGCCCAGCCAACCUUCCUUCCUUCUCAAACAAAUAUUUACAGUUGCCCAUCCCCCCUUCCUUCUCAAACUAAUAUUUACAGUUGCCCAUCCAACCUUACUUCUCAAACUAAUAUUUACAGUUGCCCAGCCACCCUUCCUUCCUUCUCAAACUAAUAUUGACAGUUGCCCAUCCCCCCUUCCUUCUCAAACUAAUAUUUACAUUUGCCCAUCCACCCUUCCUUCCUUCUCUAA